AAAUCAAAAUGACACAAGUAAAGAAACGACUUUCGAAAAAGACAAAGGGAUCAUGGCGAAAGAUCGAACACCAAGAUGUGGACAACUAUUUGGAGGAUCAGCGUUUGGAAGAACGCAUGGGUAAAGUUUCGGAUAAAACAAACGAUGAAUUGUUUGUGGUCGACACAGAGCCCACACUGAAGAAGAAAAAGAAGAAAAUUGGUUUGACAUUGCGUGAGAAGCGAAAGAAACUGUUAAAAUCGACGCCAAAAUGUUUUGCAUCGCUGUUAAACGAUUCGAAAGUGUCAGAUCCAAUAGCCAAAAGAAAUCGUGUCCGAACAAAAGAAGAGCGUAGACAUUUCAUUGCAAAAAGUCUGGAGCAAGCCAAUGAAGCAAAGGGCAUUGUAAAGAAAAAAGUACUGAGAUCGUUGAGCGAUCGGGCACGUUCACUGGAAGCAGCUGCGGCCAAGCAAAAAGCAAACAAACAGGCAGUUUUUGAUAAAGACAUAUGGGAAAUGGGGACGGCGGCCGAGCAACGAACUGAUUUCAAAAACGAUUGGAUUGAGGAUCAUGUUGUCACACAUAAUAUUGUUAACACUGGAACACCGGUGGUUUCGGUGCCAUCAUCAGCCUUUCACAAACGCAGUAAACUAAAAGCCGUACAAGUGCCACAUCCUGGCACCAGUUACAAUCCAUCGUUAAAAGACCAUCAGGCAUUGCUUGAGCAAGUAAAGGAACGUGAAUUGAAAAUAAUCAAACAAGAAGAUCAUUUGAAUCGGGUCACCACCGAAAUGUUCAAGAAAGUUUCGAGCGGUGAGCGUGACACAUUCAAACUCAACGAGCUACGUUCCGGCCUCGAUGAUGAAGAGACCAAUGAAAUUGUUUCCGACCACGAUGAAUAUAUUGCCAUUAAUCCACCGGUUGAGGUGAAACGAAAGGAUAGAAAAGCACGUCGUAAGCAAAAAGAACAACGUGAAUUACAGUUGGCAUUACAGAAGAAGAAACAAUUAAAGAAACAAACGGCAGAUUUGCAUCGGUUGAAGAAAUUAACAGCCGAAAUUAAGGUGAUGGAAAAAGAAUUGAACGAUCAACGUGAGAAAAAGAAGGAACGCGAAGAGAAAAAACGUGAAGAACCGCAUCGUUUGAGCAAAUUUUCAUUUGAAGAAGAAGAAAUCGAUAUCAACAUGCCAGAGGAAAUAUCGGGCAAUUUACGGAAUAUCACGCCUCACGGAAGCAUCCUUACAGAUCGAUACAAGAGCAUGCAGAAACGUAAUAUCAUUGCAACAUCCAAGGAUCUUGGUUUGCGUAAACGUCGUGAUGUUAAACGUUACACACGUAACUCACAUAAAGAAGAAAUUCCACAACCGGUUAAAUCGAAAAAGAAGAGAAAGUGAAGCAUUCAUAUUAACACUAUCACUACGGCUAGAUUUAGUCAGUAAAUUGUUACAGAAACAAUAAAAAAUCAAUAAAAUGUUUUUUUUCUUUAAAAAAUUUAUUCACACAUUCAAACAAACAUGGUU